UAUGUUACUAACAUUGUUUAAAAUGUGUUUUAAUAAAUUGAAAACGUAAAUUUAACUCGCGUAACAAACUAUGUGAAAAAGGCCUUUAUUAAUUACACGAGUGGAUGCCAUAAAGCUGAAAGUCUGUUGGAGUAUUCGUUAGGAACGUUAGGUAUAUAAAAUACAGAAGGCGAUGCCAUAAAGCUGAGUAGUCUAUUGGAACGUUAGGUAUAUUAAAUACACAAGGGGAUGCCAUAAAGCUGAGCGUUAGGUAUAUUUUUUUUUUUUUUUUGAUAAGAUGAGCGUUAGGUAUAUUAAAUACACAAGGGGAUGCCAUAAAGCUGAGUAGUCUAUUGGAGUAUUAGUUAGGAACGUUAGCUAACAAAACUCUGAUAUAAAUGCUAAAAAGGAGGACAACAGAAGCCGGUGGAAAAACCACUCUAUUUAUUAAAGUGGAUGCCAUAAUGCUGAGUGGUCUAUAGGAGUGUUGGUUAGGACCGUUAGAUGAGUAGUCUAUUGGAGUCCCGGUUAGGACCAAAAGGUACCAAAACUCUGAAUAUAUAUGCCCUUUUUGUUAAUUGAAUACAAGUGGAUGCCAUAAUGCCAUAAAUACAAGUAGUUUAUUGGUUAGGUAACAAAACUGUGAAUAUGGUUGGUUGCUUAUACAAGUAAUUUAUUGGUUAGGACUGUUAAGUAACAAAAUUGGCAGUCAUUGACCGAUUGACGUCGCCAAUCGUUAUAAAAUUCUGAAAGGACAAUAGAAGCACAAACACACCUCUGCUACUGCUAGCUAUUUCAUUUUCUCAUUUAGUCCAUCAAUUGCCAUUUCCACUUUCUGUGUCUUGUAUUUUCAUUUUUCAAUCAAAAUUUCCACCUUCAAGCAUGACUACUAUAGUUACUGGCCUCUUGGAAAAGUCGGGUUCACUCCUUGCUGAAGAAGUAUGGUCAGAGCUGAAGGAGUUCAUGUCUUUUGACAAAGAAGUCCGAAAGCUUGAGAGCACCCUUCGUGCCAUCCAGGCGGUGCUCGAGGAUGCUGAGAAAAAACAAGUGAGCGAUAAAGCUGUGGAACUUUGGUUAGAUAAGCUCAAAGAAGCAGCCUACGACGUGGACAAUGUGCUGGAUGAGCUGGACACUGCAAUCAUUAAAGCAAAAAUUGAGGAGGAAGAAGAAAAAGCUGAAACUACCACUGCUACUGCUAAGGUAUGGCCCUGCAUUUCCUGCAUUUCCUGGCUUUUCACUAAAAUUAAGAAGCUUGUCCAUCGUCAUGGCAUUGUUCAGGAGAUAAAAAAACUUAAUGAAACAUUAGAUGAGAUUGCCAAAGAGAAAGAUAGGUACUCGUUUGUGUUUGAGUCUGGGUCGAGUAGUAGCACUAACAUUGACAUAGGCAAGUGGCCAAAAACUAUCUCCGAGGUUGAUGUGUCUGAUAUUAUAGGUCGUAAAGAGUAUAGUGAUGAUUUAGUGAGGAACCUGUUGGGUGAGGAUAGUAGUGAAAAUGAAAGAAACCCCUAUGUCAUCUCAUUAGUAGGCAUGGGCGGUAUUGGAAAAACUACUCUUGCCCAACUAGCCUACAAUGAUGAUAAGGUGAAGAGUCAUUUUGAUAUAAGAAUGUGGGUUUGUGUUUCUGAACCUUUUGAUAUUUCUAGGGUUGCCAAAGCAAUCAUUCAAGAGAUUAAACGUACUGUCCUAGACAAUGAUAUUAAGGAAACUCUUAAAUGUAUUCUCCUAGACAAUGAUAUUGAAUUGCAAACUCUAGUGAUAACUAUUAAAGAUUUGAUUCAGGGAAAGAGGUCUUUUCUUGUCUUAGAUGAUGUAUGGACUGAAGACUACCAAAAGUGGGAGCAAUUAAAACUUGCGCUCAACUAUGGUGCUCAAGGUAGUAGAAUUUUAGUCACCACACGUAGUAAGAGAGUCACGAUUAUGGUAAAUAGUGACCCUACCAUUAGUUUGGAUGCAUUAUCUGAGGAUGAUUGCUGGUUAAUAUUUAGUAAAAUAGCAUUUGUUGAUAAGGAUGAAUAUCAAUGUGGGCAAUUAAUAAACAUUGGAAGAGAACUAGUUAAAAGGUGUAAAGGUUUGCCACUUGCUGCAAAGACUCUAGGAAGUCUUAUGCACUACAAGAGAAGUAGUGAAGAUUGGAGGAAUAUUUUAGAGAAUAAUUUGUGGGAAUUAGAAGAUGUUAAAAAAGGUCUUUUAGGACCGUUAUUAUUGAGUUAUUAUGAACAACCAUCAGCAAUAAAAUCUUGUUUCUUAUAUUGUGCUCUCUUCCCAAAGGAUUAUUUGUUUUCUAGAAAUGAGUUGAUCCACCUAUGGAUGUCACAAGGAUAUCUUGGCGUAAAACCAAAUAUAGAGAUGGAAAUUGUAGGAGAAGAGUAUUUUGAGAGAUUAGUCAUGCACUCUUUCUUCCAAGAUUUUGAGAAAGACAAAAAAAAUGAUAAGAUAAUAAGAUGCAAAAUGCAUGACAUAGUGCACGACUUUGCCCAAUCAAUGACAACAAAUAAUGAAUAUGUCACAAUUGAUGGUGACAAAGAGUUGGGGACAAAUUGUAGAAGUGCUCACCAUUUGAGAUUAGAAUUAAUAGGGGAAACAGAGUUUCCUAUGUCUAUUUAUAAUGCAAAAAAAGUACGCACUCUCUUUUCCACUACAUUGGCGAAGAUGACUGUCUUCCCACUCAAUUUAUUCCAGCAUUUGACAUGCUUACGGGCAUUGACUUUGAAAUUUUAUUCCUUUGAGAAUCUUCCAAAUGAAGUGGAAAAAUUGAUACAUUUAAGAUUGCUCGAUGUAUCAUAUAAUUAUGAAAUUAAAGAAUUACCAGAAACAAUGUGUAAUUUAUGUAAUCUACAAACUUUGAAUAUUAAAGGAUGUCGGAGAAUUACAAAAUUACCCCAAGAAAUGGGUAAACUAAUUAAAUUAAGACAUCUUCUUACUGAUUGGGAUAAACCUUUUCCAAAAGGGAUUGGGAGAUUGAGUUCUCUAAGAACAUUAAACACUUUCGUAGUAGGUGGUAUAGAUGAUAUUGACGGAUGUAAACUUGGAGAAUUGAAGAAUCUGAACCACCUUAAAGGGUCUCUUACGAUAAAACGCUUGAAAAACGUAACAGAUGUACAAGAGGCUGAGAAUGCACAGCUUAAAGAUAAGAAACAUCUCCGUGAGUUGAGGCUAUCGUUUGACGAGGGAGUUGAGGAGAUUGAAAGUGUAAGGAAUGAUGAAAUCGUUCUUAAAGCCUUAGAGCCACAUCCAAACUUGGAAAUUUUAAAGAUUGAUAACUACAUGGGUAGAGUGUAUCCUAAUUGGAUGAAGUCUUUGUCCAAUUUGAAAAGGCUUCAGCUUUAUUCGUGGCAUAAUUUAGAGCAAUUGCCUCCUCUGGGGCAGCUGCAGUGCCUCGAAACAUUAAAGUUAAGGGAUGCGAACAGUGUGAAAAAGGUGGGUGUUGAAUUUUUGGGAAUAGAAGAAGCCAAUGGGAAGAACGGAUCAACAUCAUCACUUGUCUUAUUCCCUAAUUUAAAGUCUCUCCAAUUUUGGGAUAUGAAAGAGUGGGAAGAAUGGGAUGGGAUUGGAGAAAGGAGAGAAGAAGAAGGAGAAAGUGGUGUUUCUGUUUUAAUAAGUAUAAUGCCACGUCUUCAGUUUUUGGAUAUUUGGAGAUGCCCAAAGCUAAAGGCACUGCCCAACUUCCUUGAGACAACUUCGUUAAAGCAAUUGGAAGUCGAUUGUCGAAUUUCCAAUUGGAUGACGUGGGCAACAUUAUCCGGAUUGAAAACACUUUGUCUCGGUCUGAAUAACGACGUGGAGCAUUUGCCCCCUUUGGGGAAGCUGUUGUUGGUCGAAUCAUUAGAUAUACGGUAUGGCCAUAGAGUGAAAAAGGUGGGCGUUGAAUUUUUGGGAAUAGAAGAAGAAUCCAACAACAAGAAGAAGAAGAUAGACGACGAGAAGGGAUCGACAUCAUCAUCUUCUUCUUCUUCGCUUGUCUUAUUCCCUAAUUUAAAGUCUCUCACAUUUGGGGGGUUGAAAGAGUGGGAAGAAUGGGAUGGGAUUGGAGGAACAAUGAGAGAAGAAGAAGCACAAGAUAGUGGUGUUACUAUCACUAUUAUGCCACGUCUUCAGUCUUUACAAAUACAUGAUUGCCCCAAUCUGAAGUCGCUGCCAGACUUCCUUCCUACAACUCCAUUGAAGACUCUGGAGAUCAUUUGGAGUCCAAUUCUCAGUGAAUGUUGCAAAACAGAGAUAGGAGAUCAAUGGCCCAAGAUUUCUCACAUACCCAACAUCUAUAUUGAUCAUACAUGGGUGCGAAGAGAUGGUCGUCCAAUGCAAAAUUAAAUCUCAGUUCGAUUGCGGGCGCUGCAAGUCGCAUCCAUUCCGUUAAGACUUCCUUCCUACAGCUAUAUUGAAGCAAUUGCAUAUCCAGAACAGUCCAAAUCUCAGCCAACGUUGCCAAAGGGAGACCAAUUGCCCAACAUUUAUUAUCAUUAAUAAGUGGGACAGGAUGAUCAAUCAAGGGAAAAUUAAUUCUCUCGGUAUCAAGUGAAGCAUUAUUUGUGAUCAGGAAAAUAUUCAAGGCGUGAGCAUACGUUGACGUAGGCAUACAGAAGAAACUCCUGUAUCAUAUAUGGUAUGACACAUGAAAGGUCUUAUGAGUUUAAACCCGAAGGCAUGUGAAUUUCUUGUGAGACCAAUGAAAAAUGAAAUGAGAUCGAAGUCUAGAAGAAAGGCAUUGAGAGACAUAUUCAACAAUGGUGGAAGGUUCUUGAAGUUGUGAAUUUGAAGAAGAGAUCUCGUAAGUGGUGUAAAGACGAUAUGCUUGAUUACCUUUUGCUCCUUCAGUCCAAUCUCCUCUCUCUCUUGCACCAGGAUUUAUGUGAGCGUCAGUGAGUGAGUCUGGGCUUUUUGAGAUGUUGACUUUUGGAUGAUCCAGGUUCUGUUUGGUUGCUAAGAAAGUGUAGGAACCAAUGACUUUUUCAAGAGAGAGAGAAAGACAGAUGUACUCAUCCAUUUGAAUAGUCACAGUUUAGUGGUAUCUUUUGCAGGAAUUGAUUUAUGAAAUGACAGUUAAAGUGGGCGUAUAGUGUGAAAAAGAUGGGUGUUGAAUUUUUGGGAAUAGAAGAAGCCAAUGGGAAGAACAGAUCAACAUCAUCACUUAUCUUAUUUUCAAAUUUGAAAUCUCUCAAAUUUAUGGAUAUGAAAGAGUGGGAAGAAUGGCAUGGGAUGGGAGAAAGGAGAGAAGAAGAAGAAGGAGAAAGUGAUUUUUUGUUUUAAUAACAAUAAUUAUGCCACGUCUUCAACGUUUGCAUAUUAUCGAUUGCCUAAAGCUAAAGGCACUGCCCAACUUCCUUGUGACUACUCCGUUAGAGGAAUUGGGAAUCGAUUGCCGUUGAAUUUCCAAUUGGAUGACGUUGGCAACAAUGAAAACACUUAAUCUCGAUCUCUCAGAAUGGAUUGACACUUAAUCUUCACUUGUCUUAUUCCCUAAUUUAAAGAUUUUUGGGAAUUGAAAGAGUGGGAAGAAUGGGAUGGUAUUGGAGAAGAACAAGAAAGUGGUGUUACUAUAAUGCCACAUCUUCAGAAUUUGUCAUUUCACUAUUGCAACAAGCUGAAGUCACCACCAGACUUCCUUCAUACAACUCCAUUGAAGGAAUUGCAUAUCUAGGGGACUCCAAUUUUCAGUCAAUGUUGCCAAGAGGAGAUAGGAGACCAAUGGCCCAAGAUUUCUCACAUUCCCAACAUUUAAUAUCGUUAAUAUGUGGGAUAGGAUGAUCAAUUAAGGGAAAAUUAAUUCUGGGCUCGAUUCAAGUGCUCCAAGUGUCAUCCUUUCUCAGUAUCAAGAGAAGCAUUUUUUGUGAUCAAGAAAAUAUUCAAGCAUGAACAUACUUUGAGGAAGCCCUGCAGAAGAAACACCUACAUCAUCAUAUCAUAAUGACAGCAAAGCUUGCAUAUGGUAUGACACAUGAAAGGUCUUCUGAGUUUAAACCCAAGGGCAUGUGAAUUUCUUGUCAGACCAAUGAAAAAUGAAGUGAAAUCGAAGUCUAGAAGGAAGCCAUUGGGACACAUAUCCAACAAUGGUAGAAGGUUCUUGAAGCUUUGAAUUUGAAGAAGAGAUCUCAUAAGUGGCAUAAGAGGAUAAUCAAUCGAGGCGGUUGAAGAAGACAAUAUGCUCAAUUACCUUUUGCUCCUUUAGUCCAAUCUCUUCUCUCUCAUGCACCAGAUAUGCAGCCAUGGUUCUCCAGAUUUCAGAAGGUGCUCUUCAAUCCUGUAGAGUCUGAGGAUCAGCUGGCAAACUGAUACAAGUAUGAUAGUUGCUCUGACUAAUGAAGUUGAAAGUGAUGCUGUUGACAGCCCAAAACAAAAUAAGUUGUUUUCAUAAUCUCUCCUCCCCCUGUACUAUUAAGAGAGGUAGACAUUUGUUUCUGCUCACUACUCUCCCUGCAUCAAAAAUAUUAUUGUCCAAACAUUAGGGCCCAUCAUUAAUUCCUUUGGUACAACUUCAGAAGAUAUAAAUGAUGUUUUUCUUGAAAGAGUUCUUACAAAGCCAACUCCAAGUAAGCCUUCUCAUUCUGUUGCCAUUGAAGUGGUUAAAACUUUACAGUUGGAAUUUAUAUUUUUAGUUGUGUUUUAAAUAAUAAUAAUAAUAAUAAUAAUAAUAAUAAUAAUAAAUCAAUGCUUGAAAAUGUCACCUCCUAAGUCUUGUGUAUUAUUUGAACCUAUAUCUGAGUCCUUUCAUCAUAAGGGCAAUUAUAGGGUACGUAAAAGGCUGCUCCAUUUCCUGUUGGAAUUCAUUGCAGUAGUUCACCGCUUUCCACAUCCUUUGGUAGUGAUGCUUCUGAGGGUCUCACUUUGAAGCAUCAAGAGCUCUUUGGGAUUCAACAGGCUUAUAAGCCAGGAAUUGGAAAGCGAAAGGUAGAAGCAUCACCAGAUGCCUAUGACAAUGCCUUUUCAAUCAGCAAAAAAACUUGUCUUUUCCAAAGGAAGAUAAUAUCCAAUGUGACCUUCUACAAAGUAGCAAAUAUUGUAACCAAGAACACCUUUGUGGCAAUUUAGCAUUCUUAGAAAACACUCCAGUGUGGAAGGAACCCGAAAGCAUGAUUUAUAGAGGCAAACAUCCGGGUGAGAAUACUCUAAAGUAAGAGUUGCGGACAAAGAUUGAAACCACUCGUUAGCUUUGUUAUAAUGCCUCUGUGGCAAAUAUACUGCUCAAAACUAGAUAUGGCCUGCUGUGAUGAUGGAAGUUAAAUGAAUGUGAUUUGAGCUGGAAAGCACAUCUUUUUUCUUUAAUUUUGAUUGUAAAUUUCGUUGCUCAUGUGGGUCUGUUUGUGUGUAAUGGAUCCCAUUAUUAGAUUAGUAGAUGCAUGUGAACUUACAUGAAUGCUAGGUCUUAUAGUUAAUAUGACAGGGCAUUUGUGCUAGUAGGCUGAUCACUUAUUUACCCGUAUUUUGAUUAAAAAUGGUUCCAAUUUCUUCAGCCGAUUGUCUUUACCACUUGGAGGUGGCUCUUCAAGCAGAGACCAUUACAGGAAUAGGUUUCUUACAGAAUUACAUUGAGUCUAUUCUGGCUCUUCAAGAUGCUAGCUGCAAACUCACACAAGAUUAAUGAACUUUUUGUGCAAACAAAGGAGAAAAGAGAUUGAAUCAUUCACAUAUUUCUUGUCUGAACUACUUUCCUCUUCAAAGAUAUGCAGCCAUGGUUCUCCCGAUUUCAGAAGCUGCUCUCCAAUCCUGUAGAGUGAGAAUCAGUUGGCUAACUGAUGCAAAUAUAAUAGUAGUUUCAACUAAUGAAGUUGAAAGCGAUGCUGUUGACAGCCCACGACAAAAUAAGUUCGAUUCAUAAUUUCUCCUCCCCUUGUAUUGUGGUGUGCUAACUACACUAUUGAGAGAGAAGAUAUAAAUGAUGAUUUACUUGAAAGAGUUCUUAUUACGCCAACUCCAAGGUAGGUAUAAGGCUGCUCCAUUUCCAGUUGGAAUUCAUUGCAGCAGUUCCCCACUUUCCACAUCCUCUGGCAGUGAUGCUUCUGAGGGUCUCACUUUGAGGCUUCUGGAGCUCUUGGGAUUCAGCAGGCUUAUAAACCUGGAACAGGAAAGCAAAAGUUAGAAGCAUCACCAGAUGCCUAUAACGACACAUUUCCAAUCAGCAAAUAAACUUGUCUUCACCAAAGGAAGACAAUAUCCAAUGUGGCCUUCUACAAAGUAGCAAAUAUUGUAUCCAAGAACACCUUGGUGGCAAUUUACCAUUUAUAGACAACACUCAAUGUGGAAGGAACCUGAAAGUGUGAUUCACAGAGGCAAACAUCUAGAUGAGAAUACUCUAAAGAAAGAGUUGUGGACAAAGUUUGAAGUAGCAUCCACUCCUUAGCUUUGUUAUAAUGCGUCUGUGCUACAACAUACUGCUCAGAACUAGAGAAGCCCUCUUGUGAUGAUGGAAGUUAAAUGAGUGUGAUUUGAGCUGGAAAGCACAUCUUUUUUCUUUAAUUUUGAUUGUAAACGGUAGAUCAUGUUGGAUGUUGGUCGUAUGUUGAGGCUCUAUAAUUGGUUUAUAUAUCAGUACCACCUAUGAUGCAUGUAUCUCGUGGUGGCGUUAUUUUCACUAAUCAUUUGUCCGAAGAGUAACUACAACACAUAUGAGCACCAGUGGGACAGCCCAAGGACUAUGCACAAAUUUCAAUUUUUGUAAUCGAAAAGCUAAACAGCCCUACUGUUUUUGGUUUAUAUUAUUCUUCUGAAGAUGUUUUGUUAGAUUGUGAGAGCUCGUUGGGUUAUGAAAAGAAGGAUUGGCUAGAAGUCUGCAAUGGUGUUAGCUUAUUCUGUUAGUAUUGUGUUGGAACUGUUUUUAUCUCAUUGUUUGAAUAAAUUUAUCAUUCAUCGUGAUACAGAAACAGCACACUAUGUUUCAACUAUUGGCUAUUGCAAAGUUCCAUGCCACAUCUUUUGUGGGAUGUCAUGCGAGGUGCAUCCUUGCACCAUGUAUACUAUAGAACUGGUUAUGUACACAAUACUGUUCUUAUAUGAAUAAGCUUCCCCUUUAA